UACGGCACCGACGGCUGUGUUCUGCUGGCCAUUGUUAAUUUCAGCGCCUUCGCAGCAGCGCUAUUCUGGGUCAAUGUUAUGGCGAUCGACGUCUUCAACACCCUCAGGAAAACGAGCAGCGAGCUGACCGUCUCCAGGGGCUCUCAUUUGAAGCGGUUCAUCCUCUACACGCUGUACGUGUGCGCUGCCAGCGCGACGCUGGUGACGGUCGCUGUGCUGGCUGACGGGUCACACAGCGUGCCGUACAGCCUCUGGGCUCGCUUCGGCCGAGAGAUCUGCUGGCUGAACAACCGCGGAGCGGUCCUGGCUUUCGUCUUCGCACCAGUGUUUCUCGUCAUGACGACGAACGUGGUGCUGUUCGUCGCCAGCGCCUGCAUGAUCUCUCAGAUGUCGUCUUCAACGGCUCGUCCGGCCAGCAGGCAGCCACAGCUGAGGCAUGACAAUGCCGCGAAGGAGCUCAGGAUUUGAUGGAAUGGUCCUGAUCUUGAUGGUGCCGAACAUCUCAUGAGAGCUGUUCAGAAGCAUCACCGGUUUGACUUCGUGAGGCGGUCUGUCAACGUGAAGCACAUGCUCACGGGAACGGUGAUCGCCCGGCACAGAGCAUCCCAAUCAUAUCGUUCCUGUCUUUUCAAGCAGUUGGGAGAAAAGGAGCGUUGACAUCAUGAGUUGGCUCUUGGAUCAAAUUUUGCGUGCGCCGUUAACGUUCUGGAGCUCACAGUGAGUGCUGAAGUGCUUUAGGCAGGGUUCUCAGGCUUUCGUUGUGUGCUGAACUGUACGCGGCGUAUUUGGCAUUUUGUACUGACACCAUGUUGACGCGAUGUUGUACAUAUCCAAGGUGAAUUCAGUGUAAAUACAAAAAAAUCCUCGCCAACUACGUGGUGUUGAAAGCGUUU